AUGGCCGGAAAACCCCCAUGUGCCCAGCCGGGUUCGGACAGCACCGAGUCCCACGUGCGGAAGGGAACUUCGACGGACUGUGGCACAGGCAACCGGCCCAGGUUCUACUGGGACUUCACGAUGCUGCUCUUCAUGGUGGGCAACCUCAUCAUCAUCCCCGUGGGCAUCACCUUCUUCAAGGAGGAGACCACAGCCCCCUGGAUCGUCUUCAACGUGGUCUCCGACACUUUCUUUCUCAUGGACUUGGUCAUGAACUUCCGGACGGGCAUCGUCAUUGAGGAUAACACCGAGAUCAUUCUGGACCCUGAGCGGAUCAAGAAGAAGUACCUGAAGACCUGGUUCGUGGUGGACUUUGUCUCCUCCAUCCCUGUGGAUUAUAUCUUCCUCAUCGUGGAGAAGGGGAUCGACUCAGAGGUCUACAAGACGGCCCGGGCCUUGCGCAUCGUCCGCUUCACCAAGAUCCUCAGCCUCCUGCGGCUGCUCCGGCUCUCUCGCCUCAUCCGGUACAUCCACCAGUGGGAGGAGAUCUUCCACAUGACCUACGACCUGGCCAGCGCCGUGAUGCGGAUCAUCAACCUCAUCGGGAUGAUGCUCCUCCUGUGCCACUGGGACGGGUGCCUCCAGUUCCUCGUGCCCAUGCUGCAGGACUUCCCCAGCGACUGCUGGGUCUCCAUCAACGGCAUGGUGAACGACUCCUGGAGCGAGCUGUACUCCUUCGCCCUCUUCAAGUCCAUGAGCCACAUGCUGUGCAUCGGAUACGGGCGCCAGGCCCCGGAGAGCAUGACCGACAUCUGGCUGACCAUGCUGAGCAUGAUUGUGGGCGCCACCUGCUACGCCAUGUUCAUCGGCCACGCCACGGCGCUCAUCCAGUCCCUGGACUCCUCCCGGCGCCAAUACCAGGAAAAGUACAAGCAAGUGGAGCAAUACAUGUCCUUCCACAAGCUGCCGGCAGAUUUCCGGCAGAAGAUCCAUGACUAUUACGAACAUCGCUACCAGGGCAAGAUGUUCGACGAGGACAGCAUCCUGGGCGAGCUGAACGAGCCCCUGCGCGAGGAGAUCGUCAAUUUCAACUGCCGGAAGCUGGUGGCUUCCAUGCCGCUCUUCGCCAACGCGGACCCCAACUUCGUCACCGCCAUGCUCACCAAGCUGAAAUUCGAGGUCUUCCAGCCGGGGGACUAUAUAAUCCGGGAAGGCACAAUCGGGAAGAAGAUGUAUUUCAUUCAGCACGGGGUGCUCAGCGUCCUGACCAAGGGCAACAAGGAGAUGAAACUCUCCGAUGGCUCCUACUUUGGAGAGAUUUGCCUUCUGACAAGAGGACGGCGGACUGCAAGUGUCCGCGCUGAUACCUACUGUCGUCUCUACUCCCUCUCGGUGGACAACUUCAACGAGGUCCUGGAGGAGUACCCCAUGAUGAGGCGAGCCUUCGAAACGGUGGCCAUCGACCGCCUCGAUCGCAUAGGUAAGCGCCGGAGCUGUGCUUGCAAGAAGAACUCCAUCCUGCUGCACAAGGUCCAGCACGACCUCAACUCGGGCGUCUUCAACAACCAGGAGAACGAGAUCAUCCAGGAGAUCGUCAAGUACGACCGGGAGAUGGUGCAGCAGGCCGAGCUGCAGCAGGCGGCGGCCCUCUACGCCCCCGCGCAGCCCCAGGUGACCUCGGCCAUCGCCACGCUCCAGCAGGCCGUGGCCAUGAGCUUCUGCCCGCAGAUGGCCAGCCCGCUGGUCGGCCCCAUGGGGCUGGGCUCGCCCCGGGUGGUGCGGCGGCUGCAGUUCCCCGCGGGGGCGUCCGGACCCUUCUCCAUCUCGCCGGCGCUGCUCCAGCAGCAGCAGCAGCAGCAGCAGCGGCCGCAGCAGCAACAGCCUCCGACCAGCCCGUUCGCCUCGGCGGUGCCCAGCCCGCCCUCGCAAAGCCCCCUCGCCAGCCGGACGUUCCCGUACGGGGGCGCCAAGGGCCAGUCGGGCUCGCAGCUGUCGCUGAGCCAGCAGAAGCUGCCCGGCUCGCCGCCGCGGCUGGCCGCGCACCGGAGCACGCAGGCCCUGCACACGAGCACGCUGAGCCAGGAGACGCGCCCGCUCUCGGCCUCGCAGCCCUCGCUGCCGCACGGCGCGGCCCAGCCCGCCAGCCCCCCGCCCUCGGCCCGCGAGUCCAGCGCAUCACCCUAG